AUGGUGGAAAUAAAGUUUUUAAAGGACAUUUGGAAAACCUGUAAGACUCAAGAGAUGGCAAAUACUGCAUCUGUUAAGGUCCAUGUGAAGUCCCUCUCCACUGCACGUGUUCACUCCCGGCUUCACGAAGGAAGAUGGACCAGGCGGCGACUCCACAGAGGCCCGAUCCAGUGGCGCUGGCAAGGGCCCGGAAGGGUCCCGAGUGGUCGUCAGGCGUCCUUUUCCCAGUGCUGCAGGCUGCUGGCUUUCCCUACUUCUCCCCGAGCCUCGAGAGUGCGCGCCAGGACUAACUUAAGUGAAACCGCGGGCGUCCCACCCCGCCCGGCUUCGCCUCGCCUCACGCUCGAGGGGAGAGGCGGGACCAAUCAGCGAGCGACGUCUCCCUUCCGAUUCGAGGCCCCCGACGCGCGGCUCACACCCCGAGCUCCCCGCGCGCUGAUUGGCUGCGCGUGCCGCCGGUCCGGCCGGGAGGCGGGGCGGGCCGAAGGCAAAGGGAGGCGUUGGCCCGCGAGUCCGCGAGCCCCGCUCAGCCCCGGGCCCUUCCCGCGGCGCUCAGCCUCCUUCCUUUCCUCCUCUGUUCCCUUCUUCCGUGCGCGCCCCGCGCUGCGCUGGGCCGGCGUGCCUCGCACCCUAACGGGCGUCUGGGGUCGCCAAUCAGCGGGCGGCAGUGUGCCAGCCCCGGGGCUGCGCCGGCGAAUCGGCGGGGCUCGCGGCCCGGGGUGGGAGGCGGGUUUACCGCGCGGCCGCGGCGGCGGAGGAGCACCUCGCCAGUCUGCAGCCUCCGAGCGCCGAGCGAGCCACUCGGAGGUGGGUGCACUGCGGCCAGCAGCAGAAACGGAGGGCGGAAGCGGAGGAUAGAUUCGAGAGGCUCUUUCUAUAGUGUGGAUUGUUGCCUUUAGUAAGAGCAUGUCGUCCAUCUUGCCAUUCACUCCACCAGUGGUGAAGAGACUCCUAGGAUGGAAGAAAUCAGCUGGUGGGUCUGGAGGAGCAGGCGGAGGAGAGCAGAAUGGAC